AACAUCGUGAAGAACACCGUGCUGGCGUUCAAACAAACGAUUUGCGGGAUCGACCUGCUCCGGACGCCCACCAAGGGCACCGUCGUGGUGGACGUCAACGGCUUGAGCUUCGUCAAGAAGAGGCCCGGCUACUUUCGUGAUUGCGCCUUUGUGCUCUCGCAGAUGCUGCGCCGGAUCGCGACCCAGAAGAAGUACCGAGAGGAGUACUUCUUCAGCUUGCAACAGCUCGACAGAAGAACUACAAGGAGGGACGGCCAUGACAAUCCUGAUGUUUAUCUUGCAGAUGAACAAGAAACUACCGCAGGAGCGCGGCCAUCUCCGUUUAGUGCUAGAAAAUCAUCAAGUAGUAAAAGUUAUCCCGAGGUGAACACCGACUUCGAUUUCUUUUCCAAGGAGUCGGUUCAAAUGCAGCAUGAGAUCCAGAUUCCGAAAACGCUGCACUUUCACGAAGCGAGCUCCUUUCUGAACCUGCAGGCCGACGAGUUUGUGCAGCGGACGAAAAAUGCGAUGAAGAACUACAGUCCCACUGUUGAGGUUCCGUCGACCGGAGAGUUGUCAUCUUCGGAGGAAACAACAACGGAGAAGAAGAGUGCAGUUGCCCAGCACAAUAACAUGGGCGAAGAACGUGGACGACGAGGUGCAGAGGACCAAAUCGAGGACACCACCUCCAGCACAUUUAUGACGGCGAAAAGUCGCGUAGACGUGAAGAAGUCAAUUUGGAACACUCAGCCCGAGGACCCCCCAGAGGUAGAGGACCAGAUUGUCGCGAUUCUCGGGUGUCUUCGGGCCGCGGAGUCGACGCCGCGGGAGAAGUUGAAGGCUUUCGUCUACAGUCAAAGACUCCUAGAACAGUUUUUCGCGAAUGUUUCUGGUGUGGUGGACCACGCGGCGAGUAGUAGUAGUCAACACCGGCAACUGCCAGGGUCCGGCGCAUCAGAGGAAAACACGGCGAGAGAGCAGGUCAGCUGCCAGGGUCCGUCUUCACCAGCUGCCACGUCCGUCGACACAAGAGAACCUGGAGGUGUAAAGACAAUGGGGCCUCAGUCUCCAUCCUCUGCUGCGCAGAGUGAUCUACAGGAAGGACAGCCACCAAACGGGUCCGGAGAGCAGAAGAACAAUAAACAUCACCCACCAGCAGCAGCAGAGCAAAGUAGGAAACCGACCGAACGACCGGAGGAUGUCACGUUGCAGAACCGAGCCGAAUUCGAGCAGGUUCUGAAGAUUUUGCAGGAAAUACUGGAGCAAGACCGGGCUCUGCGGUCCGCUGGAUCCUCUCAGACUUCAGCCAGACUCGAAUCGAACUACCUGGCGGGGAACUUACUUAAAAAUGGCGAAUCGGGCGGGGUUUUGAACAUGCAGACGGAAUCGGAAACAGAGGUGGAGCCAUCAAACCAGCAACACUCUCCAAUGGGGGGCGAUAUUAAAGCAGCUGGGCAGGAGCAGCAGCAAGAAGACGAAUCAGCGACGGCUGGGCGAGGAGAAGGGGCUUCUUCUACUUUUUCUUCUGUUGUGAGAAAAAGCUACAAGUUGCUCUCGAAAGAUCGGAAGCACCUGGAGCAGAUCGUGAAGCUGCUGCAGGAGAAUUAUUUUCCGACGCGCCGCUUCUCCGCCGAGAAUCUGAACCUGAAGAUCAAACUGAAGCUGCACGACCUGGAGGAGAAGAAAAUUCUGAUCGUCCUGAAGUCGGGCGGGCAGCUGACCGAGCACGGCGAGCAGCAGGCGACGCUGCUCGGGAAGAAGAUGCGGACGGAAUCCUACAAGGGCGAGGACAUUCACGUGCUGCAAACGCAGUACAGACACCAGUUUGACUUGAAGAUCACCGAUACCCUGCGUAAGAACAUCCCCACGCGAUUGUCGAGUUGGUAAAAAAUAUGCAGCGCAAAUCUCGAAAUUUUGGGAGUGGUGCAUGACAAGUUUGCAUCGGGCCCAGUUGGGUGCUGGUUACAUGAAAGGAGAGCGGCAUGAACACAAAGACGCCUGCUUGUCCUAACUCCCAGAACACGACUACAAACUCUUCUCAUGCGGAUCAUGCGCAUUACAGACACAGAUCUACGUAGAUGCAAAUCUGCAUGGCAACUAUGGUCGGGUGGAGACUUGUUUACUCAGGAUAACCCACGACGGCUGUCAGCUUUCCACCGCAGCGGUGUUUACCAAGUCUCUGCUCAACGUGUGUGGCAGCAUUGCGCAAACCGCCGUUGCCUACGUGCGGAGCAUCGGAAUGGGGCCUUCAUCCUCUGCACCCGCGGAUCGUCAGGGGGGCAGAAUACUAGGCGCGCCGAUGUCCUCCUCGUCCUCCUCCGCAGCCACAUCCGCUGUCGCUGUGGCCAGCAAAAAUGUAACCGAGCGGCGAACGAGCUCUGCGGGGUCGGAGAUCCUGGGAGAUCUACUGCGAGGUGGAUCUUCCACAACAACAGCUGCUGUUGAAGAUAGUGCUGCUAUGCGAACCAGGAAAACAGCAAGCACGGGGGGCGAUAUCAGUUCCUAUGUGGGCGGAGGUGGAGCAGCUGCUUCCUCCAUUACGGGUGCGUCGAUCUUGAAGUCCUGUCGGGCGAGGCUUUACGAAGUCAUGAACAGCACGGAAACGGACGUCGAGAGGGUCGCGCAGGUUUUCGCACUGAAUGUGGUCAACGGCACGAAUACUUCUAAAGUGCCUAGUGGUGAUGUUGUCACCGGUGCACUACCAGAUCGACCUCUUCCGGAAGGCUCCACCUCUUCGCCUAGUUCAUCAUCUACCGUGCUGGUUGCUCCUGUGAACGAGGAACUUAAGGAAACGAUUCGGGACCUGAUGAAGGAGUUUGGAAGCAUGUAAAGAAUUACUUAAAAGCAGGCAGCUCUUUCGAGCUAUAAUAUGUGGUGGAAUUGAAAAAAUGAAAAUCUUUUUUGUUUUUUCCUGUACUUUUUCGCUCUUUUUAUCGUGUUUCAGGACUUUAUUAAGUACUUCCCACAGAAGUGAUCCGCAUCCUACGGGAGUGUCUUGCGCCGGUUUUAGGAUUUUGGGUGAAGAUUCGACGGGGUUUAGCAUGCCUCGCAUACUGUGAGUACUUCUAUUACCUUUAAUAUUUAAGAAGAAACAAUAACAAAACGACGACGCAUGUUGAUGAACAACGAACCAAAAUUCUAUAUCUAUUUCCUACAGGCGCGGGGCCCUUCUCCGAGUCGCCGAGCUUUUGCAGCAGGUGCUAGUGACGGCAAAGGAAGACGGGCUCUUGCUGGACGCUGCGACCUCAGUUGCGUCGACGGCUGCGGCCAGUCCGCGGACUAUGGAAGAGCAAAAUCUGAUCAAGCGCUGGGUCACUAUGGCCGAAAAGUUGCAACGGCUGAAGACCACGAGUAAUAUGCAGAAAAAUGACAGCUUCAACACCGUUUCGCACGCAAAGGAGAAGGUGAACAUGCAAGAAUGUGGCCCGCAUCGGGACAGCACGGCUGCGGGAGGAAGCGCACCGCUGGUGGACGAUCCUCCAGGUAGAAGUCCACCUCGAGGACCUCGCGAGGCAGGAAAACAGCCUGUUAUAGAAGCGAGUGCAACUGGAACUGGUGGAACAACAGCAACUUCCAGCGGUCCCCCGUCGAACCCAACAAGUUAUAGCCGGUCCUCCACGGUGCUGAACGAGACGGUUGCGCUGUUCCCGACGUUGCAUUGGAUGCUCGAGUAUGACUACGGGAAGAAUCCAGGACUUUUGGAGAAACUGUUGCGCGGGAAAAACCAAGCGACCGAGCUGCAGCGCCUCGUGCGUUCGAAACUCGCGAAAAUCUUGAUUCCGCAGGAGUUUGGGUUGACGCGGAGCGAGAAGGUGGUCAUUGCCGCGCAGCUGCUGAAGCCGUACUUAGAAGAGUUUCUGAAAAAGCUCGACUCGUUCUUCGUCUCCCGCAGAAAUCGGACCGGGUCCACGCUGAGCACGGCAAGCACGAGCGUGAGCACGACCACGAGCUCCACGGCGGCCCACCUCGGAGCUGUCGUUGCGGAACAAGCCCCGCUGCAGUGGACUUCUGCUACAGCGGGAACUUCUACAACAAGACGAACACGAACUACAGGGUCUGAUUAUAUCGAUCAUGAUUCUACUGAUAUUCCUCGUUCUGAUGGUCCUCCUGGGUUUCAUCUUGACAAAGCUGGGAACAAGAUCUACAACAAGGAGCGGACGAGCAGCCUGCUUUCUUCUAAGAUGAGUCUGUCGCCGCUCCCUGAGCACCGGCGGUUGGUGGAGGUAGCAGCUGCUUUAUCCACCGAAGAAGAAGAUGAGACUUUAAAAGAAGAGACGCGGGCCGAAGUAGUUGUAGCUGCAGGUGCAGCUGCUGCCCAGUUUUCGGACGAGGAUCCGUCAAACAGUGCGACGGAGGUGGAGGACGAUGGUGCAGACGUCGAUUUAAUACCCGCAGAAGUAGUGACUUGCGGAAGUGGUCUCACGAGCGCAAAUAUCCGGGAGGAGUCCUCUCCGACAUCAGCACACGACAAGAUUUCAAACACGCAAUCAAAUGGUGACGGCAAAGAUUCCAAUGUAUCUCCGGAAGUACAACUAGUAGAAGCUGCAUCUUCAAACGAAGCAAUGAGCAAAGCAUGGCCCCUUCGAAGCAGCAGUACACGACAAACACCGCUCAAGUUUGCCGCAGCAAGAACGUCAAGUGAAAAUGCGGAGGAAAGCAAAAAUGCGACUUACUACAAUUUUCCGCCAGUCGUAGAAGUUGAAGUACCGUCAACGGACCGGUCCGUAGAGAAUCUAGCUAGUGCCUCUACUGCUCCUGCAACAGUAGAAGCAGGCAUCAUGCAAAGUCACGACCCGGCCACAGGUGCGCCACCAGCAGUCAAAAAGCAACCUCCAGAGCCGCGGAUGCAGAAGCGGCUGAAUUUGCUGAAGCACGGUCCGCCGGCACUGUAUGAGGUGGACGCUUUGAAAAUGCAGAGCGAUCGGCUCGAGCAAUACAGCAACAGUAAGUUGUUAUCUUCCUACAACCAGCAGAUGACUGGAAUGUCUGGCUCUUUCAGUAGUGCAACGGCUUCCAGUAACAUGCACGACCCUGCUGGUGCGCCGUUGUCCCUGGUGAACAACCGGCAAACGUCACUCUACUUCACCAGGAAGUCGGUGCUCCUUUCCUGGCUGCAUCUAUUCCUCCACCUCGAGGAGCCGAACCUGCUGGGCGGGAUCGCCGACGUGAAAACACGAAAAUUCGUCGAGUCGCACCUGCACUGCCUGGGCCCGCUAGCCUACGUUUUGAUCAAGAUCACACAGAGUGGGAAGGUGCUCGUUGAGUUUUCGCCGGGCUUCGACUUCGAGUUUCCACAGCACAGCGACGGGAGCAGUACUAGUCGUGCAGGCGACUUUCACUUGUUUUCAUCAGCGACGACAGCCUCAGUUGGGCAGGCAGUUGUCGGGAGUACAGAUGAAGGCUGUAUUUUUGUUGACGAAGGUCGACGUGAUAGUCCAACCAGUUCCACUGCAACAUCAAGUCAUAAAUUGGUCCUUCUCAAUUCCACGCUGCCUCAUUUCGUUGCGUGGCUCAGGCGUGCCUGUAAACUGUCGACGAUGUCAAUUUAGAAGGCGACUACUUUCGACCAGAACGACGAGAACGGACCAGUCGAAAAGUCUUCUCUCCGAUAAAAAAGUACGGCGCGCUUGAGUUCGGGGUAAAACUUUCAUGUCAAUAAAUAAACCAAAACGAAACUACUUUAUCAAAGGGACACGAGUUUCAUCGCAUCCAUUUUACUGUGUACAAUUUGUUUGAAGUUGCUUUUUCUUUUACCUCGAUUUUCACUUUACCAGUACUUUCAGUUCGCGAAGUUUUUUUUUCAAGCGUGGGAGGACCUUUUUCGUCCUCGAGAGAACGCAUAGAUUUUCAAAGGCAAGAAUGGCAGAGAGGAGUAGAAAACUACCCCACCUCGCGUCGGAGGCAGAAGUAAGAGCAUGCUUGUUUCAUCGAUCCACCGAACCACUAAACAAAGUUCUUGCAACAUUCCUGAAUGAUUUCUAUCCGACCCGAAAUUUCAACUAGUUGUAGUCUUUAAAUCCAUCACCUGUCCAUUUUUCUCGUGUGUACCAAGCAAAGCAGCACUAUACCGUAGAUUUUGUCAGCUUUGAGUUUUCUCGCAGAUUGUUGUCUCAGUUACAACUUCAGUCAGAGUGCGUCGCAAAAGCUGCAACAAGGCCUACAGGUAUGGCUUUGCCGCUCCCUGCUUUUUUUUCACGCUCCUUUUGCUACAGUACAGUACAAGAACACUUCACAUACUACAAAGCCUCUUACACGGUUCGAAAUCGGAUUCGGAAGAUAUUUGAAGGAAUGAGAAAAACGGAAGAGUGGAGACGAAGCAUAGCGCUUGAUGACUGUAGACGCGUGGUGCUGCCCUCAGUGUAGUUGCAAUCACUUUCUGUUUCCUUUUAUGUGUGACAUUGCCUCUAUCUGCCUCGUGUGCAGUCGUGUGGUGCCUUUUUACCUGUUUAUUGCAAAUAAUUUUACAAGAGGAAAGGAGUCUGAUGCCUUUUUUGCGAGCCUGUUCGUGCUCUUCUUCUGUCAAUACUCAUGGCUAUCAGCGAGAAGAAGUUGGCACUUAAUUAGAUAGACGAAUUCUGACAAGUCAAUAAAAUAAAAGAAACUGAAUUGCAAUGGAAUACACACCGAUACAAUUAUGCUUCCUUUAGGUAAAUUUAUGCACUCAAGAACUGGCACUACUUACCGUAACAAAAUUUCGAAUCCAGAAGCAAGUCUUUGCGCAAAAAUUCUCGAAGCAAACGCAUCAACAAGAGGCGACCGAUCGGAAGCGAGUGGCUCUUUGUUUUUUUGGUAGGUAUCUGAUAGACGGUACAAAUAGCAAUAUUGUCUUCCUGCCGAUUUUUGCAUUCACUUUCUGUUUCUGCGUUUUUUUUUUAAUGGAGUAGCUCGCUGUAUUCCAAUGCAAGAUUGUGUAUCGCGCUCAUUGUUGUUGUUGUUCUUCGAGAAAAAUUUAGGUUCUCAUGAUUUCCUUGAUAGAUGCAAUGAAAAAGCCAAUCAAUUUUCGUAUGUCAACCGCAGCGAUUUGCGUAGCAUUUUUCGUGUUACUGUUUGUUUUCGGUCAACCGGAGCAGGCAACAAAUUGCAAACCCUGGAGGUGGUGAGUUGGGCUCUGUUUGCCUUUUUUUUGUUCGCAAGACCCUCCCUGCGUUACUCUGCUCCAGCACAGCAACUAUCAUGUUG